GGGGCGGUUUAACGAUGAGAAGGAGAAGAGCGAUCAGGGGCCGUGGCUGAAUGGCCGCGAAUGCUCCUUUUUUUAAAAAAAAUUAAAGAUAGCGGCUGUCUCUCUACACAACCAUCAGGAUAAAUUCGACCUGCGAACGAUACGUUUGUGUUUGUUUGAUAAGAGUCGGCGAUGGAACCGGUGCAGAGCGGCCGGGCGAUGAUGAACGGGGCGGUAGUGAACGGUUACCAUGGCGGCUGCGCCCUGCAGGAGGAAUCGGACGAGAAGCAGCCGCAGCCACAGCCGCACCGGGGGGACAAGGCUGCCUGCCGCCCGAAGAAGAAGAAGCAGCAGCAACAGCAACAGCAGUGUCACCAGCAGCGCCAGCCACCGGAGCCCGAGGCGGAAAGGCACCGAGCCGGCUGCUCGGAUGGGCGCCGGACGCCGGUUACCAAAGAUCCGGCUCCGAGCACGAGCCGGCGGCUGCAGCAGCGCCGGGAGACCGUCAAGAAAAACAGGCCCCCUUUUCCCUGGUUUGGCAUGGAUAUUGGUGGAACUUUGGUGAAAUUGGUUUAUUUUGAACCAAAGGACAUUACUACUGAGGAAGAACAAGAAGAAGUGGAAAAUCUGAGAAGUAUACGGAAAUAUUUGACCUCUAAUGUGGCUUAUGGAUCCACAGGCAUCCGUGAUGUUCAUCUUGAACUCAAAGAUUUGACUAUUUGUGGACGCAAAGGCAAUUUGCACUUCAUAAGGUUUCCUACUCAGAACAUGCCGGCAUUUAUUCAAAUGGGCAAAGCCAAACACUUUUCAAGCCUGCACACAACCCUUUGUGCCACUGGAGGUGGGGCAUACAAAUUUGAACCAGACUUGCGCACAAUUGUUAAUCUGCAACUUCGAAAACUGGAUGAACUUGACUGUCUUAUCCAUGGGACAAUGUAUAUUGAUUCGAUAGGUUUCAAUGGGCGUGCUGAAUGCUAUUACUUCGAACAUCCUACAGAUCCUGAAAGGUGUCAGAAGAAGACAUGUGCUUUAGAUAAUCCAUAUCCACUGUUGCUGGUGAAUAUCGGAUCAGGAGUCAGUAUUCUUGCUGUGUACUCCAAAGAUAACUAUAAACGGGUAACUGGCACCAGUCUUGGAGGUGGCACCUUUCUUGGUCUGUGCUGCCUGCUGACCAGUUGCUCAACCUUUGAAGAAGCCCUCGACAUGGCAUCACGUGGAGAGAGUACCAAGGUGGAUAAGUUAGUAAGAGAUAUCUAUGGCGGAGACUAUGAUAGAUUUGGGCUUCCAGGCUGGGCUGUAGCCUCCAGCUUUGGGAAUAUGAUGAGCAAAGAAAAGCGGGAAGCGGUGAACAAAGAAGAUUUGGCCAGAGCUACUUUGGUCACCAUCACAAACAACAUUGGCUCCAUAGCCAGGAUGUGUGCACUGAAUGAGAACAUUAACAGGGUGGUGUUUGUUGGAAACUUCCUAAGAAUCAACACCUUGGCCAUGAAAUUACUGGCCUAUGCAUUGGACUACUGGUCAAAGGGACAACUGAAAGGGCUCUUCAUGGAGCAUGAAGGUUAUUUUGGAGCAGUGGGUGCCUUGUUGGAGCUUGUCAACUCUGUUUGAACCUUCAAAAGAGAAGUAUUCUCGUGCCUUACAUUCAUUUCAUUGUGUGGCUCAUACACCAUGGUUUCAGAUUGAAGAGAAACCACGAAAGAAAAGAUUUUAGAGUUGUAAUGUAAUUUGAUCCCUCUGAAAUCUCUUGUUUUAAGGGAGGAAUGGGAGGUAAGGGCUGUUAGAUGAGCAUGUUUUAUAAGAAAUAGUCUGUAAACAAUUGCACUUCUCUGCCUUUAUUUAUUCCCCAAAGCUUUUCUAACUCAACAUUGUGUAUGUCUUAACAUUUGUUUUCUUUUGAUGUUUAUGUGUAAGAAUUAUUUUUCUGAACUUUAAAAAUAGCUAUUUCGUAAACAUUAUAUUGCAAGCAUAUGUGUUUGUGUGAAAGGAAGUCCUAGUACGAUUAAAAUAAUUUUAAAAUUCAAAUAAGUCUUGUGGAGCGGGAGCAAUGCCAUUUUAGUCCUUAAUCCAGUAACUGAUAAUUAAGAAUUUUGCAGUAUUUCUUCCAAAUUUGAAGUUUUAAUGAAUCUGUGUAAUUUAUGAAGAAUGUAAACUGGAAAUCUAUUUUUGUAGAUGUACGAAUAAUAAGCUCAUCUACCUGUAAUUUUUAUCAUGCUUCUGUUCAUUAAUAUUUCCAGUUUUCUUGCCUCCUGAUCCGAAGUUUCCCAGCCACCACUUCGUACUCUUCUUUUUCCCCACUAGAUACAGCAAAAUCUUGGCAUUAAUGGUAUGAGUAUGUAGGACCCACUUUACUGGAUGAUGAGGUCUAAACCUCAUGUCGAGAAACAAGGCUUCAGCAAGUUGAACUGCACUGUGCUGCCAUGCUACUGUGCUUCAUUUAUCCUUUUUUUUCUAUGAAAAAGAAUUGAUCAGUAACUUUGAGUUACUGCUGUUUAGACAUACAAUAUGGGUACAAGUUAUUUAGCUUUCUUGUGUUAACAUCAUUUGUAUAUAGAAAGUGUGGAAUAUGUUACAAGUUCUUCUUUGUAUAAGUGGUAGAGGCAAUCUCAAAUUAACAUGUCAAGACUAUAACAGUAACACAUCUGAGAAACACUGUAAACUGUUUGAACUCUGUUCAUAGUUUAUGACAAUGUGAUCUCUGUUGUUACUAUACUGUAGUUGCAGAUGUAUCUUUAUUCAAAUUUGCUUAUUUUGAAAAAAAUAUUAUUUAACAAAUCCGAUGUUUAAAGCAUGUGUUGAAAUGAUGCUGUGUAUUCUACAACAUCUUUAUUUAUUUGUACUGCACAUGUGAAAAUAAAUAUAUUUUACACAGAA